CGGCAGAAAUGUCCCACUAAACCGCAGGCGCAGGCCUCAGACACUCCUGAGAGCGUAACUCUGGAUACACAGACAAUCAAAACCCCAAACAAAACCGAGCUGCAAAACUAACCACCGCUGCCAUGCCUCCGACCACCACGUUUGGUUAAUUACUACAUUUACGAUAUUUCUGAAAUGGCGAUUUCUCGUGAGAAAGGAGACACGUGGCGGCAUCCCUCGGAGGACCUCAGCGUGUCCAACGUUAGGUACUUCUCCAGACACAAAGGAGAGGUGAACUGCUGCGCUUUCUCACGUGACUGCCGGAUUCUGCUCACGUGCUGUGACGACGGCAGACUGUACCUGUGGGACGCCAGUAGCGCAAAACACCUGGCCACAGUUAGUGGACACUCGGGUCCGGUGAAAUCAUGUGCUUUCUCUUGGGAUGGUCAGCUGUUUGCGAGCGCCUCUCACGACCGUACCGUCAGGAUCUGGAGCCGCUCCAGCACCGAAUGCACACACGUCCUCACAGCUCACAGUGGGAGUGUGGAGACGGUGAGCUUCAGUCCGGACGGUCAGCGGCUGGUUUCGGGAGGAUGGGACAAGAGAGCGCUGAUCUGGAGAGUUCAGAGCGGUGAGAUGCUGGAGGAUCUGCGGGGUCACACUGCAGCUGUCCAGAGCAGUGCCUUCUCCUCAGACUCGCAGUGUGUGGCCACGGGCUCCUGGGACCGGACCGUGAGAGUCUGGAAACUUCAUGAGGAAAAAGAAGUCGUGACAUUACAGGGGCACCGGGGGAAUGUGGCCUGCGUCUGUUUCUCUGUUAGUGGGAUGCUGGCCUCAGGAUCAUGGGACGGCACAGUGCGUGUUUGGUUGCCGAUGCGUCGGGAGUGUUUGUUUGUUUUGGGAGGUUGUGAGCGUGUUUGGGUCAGAAGUCUGGCUUUCUCUAGAGACGGACUCGUUUUAGCAUCCACCGCUGAAGGCGACAUGGUGAGGAUCUGGGAUGUGACCUGUGGAGUCUGUCUGAAGAGGCUGCAGGGUCACAGGGACUCGGCAUACGGCUGUGUGUUCACUCCUGAUGGGAAGCUUCUCACCAGCGGUUCUGAGCAGCUGGACGUAGAAGAGCAUGAAGAAAACAGCACAGAGGACAGAAGUGAGAGAUGCAGGGGUUUAAACACAGAACAGGACGGUAAAGAUGACGACUUACAGCUGGAGAGACCGUGAGGACCGUCAGUGCUUCGUGACUUCCAUGUAUGACUGAUCAUUAAAAAUAGUUAUCCAUAAAAAAAACCUAAUAAUCUCAAACAAUCCUCACAAUCCCACAAAUAAUAAAAAGCCUCAUAGAAACAAAUGGAAAUAAAAAUAUGCGUCAUUUGCAUUGAUAUGACUUGCUUCUGAGAAACCCAGAAAUACAAAGGGUCAUUUUAGAGAUUUGUAAUGCCAAACAUUAAAUAAUUAGUGACCGGUAGUAAUGAAAAUGAAAUUUUCAAGUGUGUGAAUGUAUAUAUUCUAAUGAAUUAUUUUCACUAUAAUUUUCACCAAUAUAAAUUUGCAACAUCUACAAGCAAAAUAACUUUUGCUGAUACAAUAACUGGAUAAUGAAAAUCCCUGAUUGUAAUAGCACUAUACAAGAGAGAUAUUUCAUGAAUAUAGUAUCUUUUAAAUAAACUGUUAAACCUCAUACUGUUAAUUAUUUUUUCUAAAUUGUUUCAUGUUAAAGUUCUGAGAGCUAAAUUUAAAA